AAUCUCAGCAUGAGAAACACGAGCAAGGAGCUGCAUGGAGCAACCAGCCGUUAUGCUCCCUGUGAUUGGUAUUAUCAUCUUCCAGCAAAGUGGUCUGAGAAGGCAGUAGAGGCCCCACCAGCAUCCCAGAUCCUGGGUCUCAAUGAUUUGGGAGAAUCACACAAUGGGAAUACAUUUGUGACUCGCAGAUACUGGAUAAAAGAAACAGACUCAGAAUAUGUCAAGCUGGCAAAACAAGGCGGCAGGCCUGAUCUGCUGAAACAUUUUGGCCCUGGGACCAGGAAAGGCUCCCCGGUCACGUACUCAAUGCCAGAUUGGUAUAUCCACCACAGCAAACCACCGACAGCCGACCAGAGAGAAGUCCCUGCUGUCUUCAUGCCAGAUUACAUGGUUUAUGAAGAAUUUAGCCCCAGUCAGGCCAACGGUAUCUAUGAAUCCAGAAGAGGAGGGCCUUUUGACUUUGACAUGAAAACCAUUUGGCAACGAGCCGAGGAACUUGAAGAGAGAAAAAAGGUGAAACUGCCAGCAAUUAACUCGAGGCAGCCCAGCAAAGUGGGAAUCCCUGUUGGCUCUAAAGAUUCGGCAGGAAGUAGAUUGUCCUUCCCUCCCAUGCCUGGUCAAAAAAAUAGUUCACCCACAAACUUUUCCAAGCUUAUUAGCAAUGGUUAUAAGGAUGAGUGGUUACAGCAGCGGGCCAAUUCGGGAAAGAGGACUCCACAGACCCCCAGAAUGCCGGCCUCAUCUCAGUCCACGGAAGACCCUGAAGGGCACCCGGAUGCAGAGAUGCCUGAGGAUGCAGAGGUUCCAGAAGGUUCUGAGAAAGCUCCAGGUGCUGCAGCAUCUCCAUCUGCAUGA